AGUAUUUCCGGCGGUAAGGGUUAAAGGUCCGAGUGUGUGUGUGAAUCCCGUUGAUUUGCAGGAUGGAGGUUACGAGACAGAAUUUUAAGGAGGUUCUUCCACUGGUGUGUGAUGCUGUACAAGAGGCGGAUUUUAUCUCUAUAGAUGGAGAAUUUACAGGAAUCAGCGAUGGGCCGUCAGUCAGCGCUCUUACAAAUGGACUCGACACACCAGAUGAGAGAUACAGUAAACUGAGGAAGCACUCCAUGAAUUUCCUCCUCUUCCAGUUUGGACUCUGCACCUUCAGAUACGACCAGAAUCAAUCCAAAUACAUCACUAAAACAUUCAACUUCUACGUCUUCCCUAAACCCUUUAACCGGACGUCUCCUGACAUCAAGUUCAUCUGUCAGAGUUCCAGCAUUGAUUUCUUGGCCAGUCAGGGUUUUGACUUCAACAAAGUCUUCCGCAGCGGGAUCCCGUAUCUGACGCAGGAGGAGGAGUGUCAGCUGAGGGAGCAGUAUGAAGAGAGGCGGAGUCAGAUGAAUGGCUCGGGUCCGGUCACGUACACGCCCACUUCUGGGAUGGGGAUCAGUCACAUUCCUGAAGACCAGAGAGGAUUUAUUAAGAUGGUGGAAGAGAAAGUUGAAGAUCUUCUGAAGAACUCUGAGAAAUCUCUGGACCUGGAGCCCUGCACAGGCUUUCAGAGGAAACUCAUCUAUCAGACUCUUAACUCAAAAUAUUCUAAAGGACUUCAUGUGGAGACACUUGAGACAGACAAGAAAGAGAGAUUCAUUCAGAUCAGUAAAGUGGAUGAUGAGGAGAGGAGGAGGAGAGAACAACAGAAACACCAGAGAGAGCAGGAAGAGCUGAAUGAUGCUGUAGGUUUCUCUCGAGUUAUUCGAGCGAUCUCAAAGUCUGGUAAGCUGGUUGUUGGACACAACAUGUUGCUGGAUGUGAUGCACACUAUCCAUCAGUUCUGUGGGCCGGUGCCUGAGGACCUGGAUGAUUUUAAAGACGUGACCAUGUCUGUGUUUCCCAGACUGUUAGACACUAAGCUGAUGGCAUCCACACAGCCCUUUAAGGAGAUCAUCAGCAACACAUCUCUGGCAGAGCUACACAAACAGCUGAAAGCUAAACCUUUCAAAGCACCCACGACUGAUUGUCCUGAAGACUUUCAGAGUUAUGACACAUCAACAGAACAGCUUCAUGAAGCCGGAUAUGAUGCGUAUAUCACUGGAUUGUGUUUCAUCUCUAUGGCAAACUAUCUGGGUACUUUCCUCACUCCUCCUAAGAGUCACAUCUCUGCCCGCUCCAAACUCCUCGAACCCUUCUACAACAAAUUGUUCUUGAUGAGGGUGAUUGACAUUCCUUACCUGAACAUGUGUGGACCAGACUUGCAGCCUAAGAGAGAUCAUGUUCUCUACGUCACAUUCCCUAAAGAAUGGAAAACCAGUGACCUUUACCAACUCUUCAGUGCUUUCGGUAACAUCCAGGUGUCAUGGAUUGAUGAUAUGUCAGCGUUCGUUUCUCUCAGCCAGACAGAACAGGUCCAGAUAGCCGUGAACACGAGCCGUUAUGCAGAGAGUUACCGCAUCCAGACGUAUGCUGAAUAUUUACAGUCCAGACAGAAAAACACAAACACCAACAGGAAGUGGGCUGACGACGGGUGGGCGGACACUUCUUACAAUGAUCCUGCCAUGACGACAACCUCUGGCUUCAGCCACGCCCACACCCAACAUCAUGCAGUGAAGAGAAGCAUCAGUCCGUCUCUAGAUGAGCAGAACUGUAAUGCCGACAGCAGCUGGACUCAAUACUGCGGUAUAAAGAAGAUGAAAACUGAAGGAGGGUGUUCACAAACGCAUGAUGACAUCAGCGGGUCUGAAGUGACAGGAGAUUGGCUGAGACAGCAGCCAGAUGAAAGCACAGCGUGUGCAAGCCUGAAUCAGGAGGAGGCGGAGCCAGACGAGUCCUCAACCAAUCAAAGUCAAGGUAAACGGAACCGCAAGCACAAAAAGAGGAAGUCAGACGCUUCUGAGACGUCACCGCCGGUGCUCUUCGAUGUUCCUCAGGUUUGGUAGCGAGAGCUCAACAGCCAAUCGAAUCACUCUGUCAGUCCAGGUGUACUUAACAGCCAAUCAAAAGACUGCACUUAUAAAGUUUGCCACGCCUGUCAUGUGGCACUGUAACUUCCUGUGACCCGGCCCCUUACAUCUGUGUGACUGAGAUUUAGAGCGUUUAAAGGUGCUGAGGUUCACUGAGCCGUUAUCUUUGUGUGUGUCUGUGUGUCAGGGUAUGUUGUGGUAUUUUAACACGGUUCAGAAGAGUGUGAUUCCCUCAUUUUUAAAUGUUGUAGUGAUGAAUGGCCCGUGUAGCGUCCUGCAGGUUUAUUUAUUUCUCAUGAGGGUUCUUCUCUUUAUGGUUCCUCUUUAUUCAGAUUUACAGCGAGGGUUAAAAAAAAGUGUCAAUGUAUGAAUCUUGUAUUGAGAAAUGUCUUCAUAAUCAUGAUAUAUUUUGUAUGAUGAAAUGUUAAAGUAUUUCCUCCUCUAGGGGAGAUCAAAUUAAAGAGUCUUUCUUAGUA